GACAACCAAGUCCACAUCAAGGACAACCAAGUCCACAUCAAGGACAACCUCGUCCACAUCAAGGACAAACCUCGUUCAACUCAAGGACAACAUUGUCCACAUCAAGGACAAACCUUGUCCACAUCAAGGACAUACGUUAUCAAUAUGACAGACUCCACUGAUUUGCUAGACCGAUGGAUCUACCUCCAAAGGUCAGAAUACUGCAACCUAGAGCUCUCAGCAGAUAAGGUGAUGAAACUAGGAGACAUACCAGUUAAGCCAACAUAUAGCGAUCAUCAAUCGGGCGCCACCAAACCAUCUGAAAUGGAUGCAAAAAACCUAUCUAACUAUACCGCUGACCACAAUCAAUGGGAGCGCAAAAUCACAGAGUACAAAAUCCUGCGCAAAUCUCUAGCUAGGAUGAGUGCAGACAUCUCUUGGACAAUUGCACUACGGCACUACUUCCUGAUUGAGGAUCACAAUGAUGCCUACAACAAACUUAAGAAACCACACAAGGAUUUUGACGCAUGGCUGAGCAAAUGGCUACAAACUGUUGGGCAGUGCAGGAGAGCGAAUCUUCCAGAUGUCCAAGGUACCCGCGCGCAAACCGACUUCCUUCGUACGAUUAAGCCUCUAGCACCAGAGUUCGCAGCCAACGCACUGCUCUAUAUCAUAGAGAAAGAGGACUGUAAUGAUCUUGCAUUAAUUCUAAGCCUGGAAGACUACAUCUCUCGAUACCGCACCUGGCACCGCACUAUGAACCCUGUGGCAGCUUCUAUAGGAUCAUUCGCUACCCUAGGCAUUGCAGGGACAAACCAGAAUCGGUCUAGGUUCAAACCUGGUGCGAAACCUCUCUGCAUCUGCGGCAGCAUCCAUUGGUUUAAUGAAUGCGAAUAUUUGAACCCUGCUACUCGUACGAAAGGAUGGAAACCAGAUCAAUCUAUCCAGCAGAAGGUCAAUCAGGCCCGAAAAGACCCCAAUAUUAACUCAAAAGUGCUGGCUGCUCUGGAGAGGAACAAGCAGCGGCGAGAGAAGCAACAAAGACAGCAAAACGCUCCAACAACACCCAUUAAUUUUAAUGAUGGCAAGCUCCCUAGCUUAACUCUGCAGUCAAAUGCUCUACAGCAGGUCUUCAGCACCUCUAUCGCUGUACCAAGCCUCAUCAAUCGUUGGAUACUAGAUCCUGGCUCAAACGCGCACAUCUGCAACAACACCUAAUACGGCUGGACCUAUAGACGCGACGCAAUGCCUGGAGAGAUCGUAUACGCUGGCCGCGAAGCUC